AUGAACAAGAAAUAGCAACAACAAUAAGACAGUCCAAGCAAAGAAAACGCUAUGUAGGACCAACCUAAUCAAGAGAAUAUCGCAGACUUUAUAGCUGUAUUAGAAGAACACAGAAAGCAAUGUGAAAUGGAGGGAAAGUAUGUAGAGGCUGAAAUGGCUAAGAACAGAAUAGAAGAGUUGAGAGCCCAGGAAUUCCAAAGAAGACGUGAUGAAUUGAUCUUAAACUAGACCAGAGAGCGUGAAGAAGUAGAGUAGGCUCACAUCAUGGAGUAUCAGGAAUUCAACAAGAACUGGGAUGAUACUCUUGCCUAAAUUGAGGCUUAAGACUAGCAAGCCAUGAGAGGACUUGAGGAGAGACAUGUAAGGGAAUUGGAGGAAAAUAGACAGCAACUUGAGCAGAAAUUGCCUAUGACUUUCAAACAGUCAGCUGAACUACUUAAUUUAAGAGAAAUCGAAUAAUAACUUGCUAGACAAAAGCAAUACGCUGAAGCUCAUCAGGUUUAAGUCAAGGGUCAGCAAAUGGAACAAGAAGAGCAAGAGAAAAAUAUGAUGGCAAGACACAAGAAGAUAGUGGCUGCUGAGGCUAAACUUAUUACUAAACAACAAAAUGAAAUGAAUGCUCUGAGAAAGAAGAUUGAAGCUGCAAUGAAUGAGAGACUCAAGCAAAGAGAAUCCGAACAUAACAAAUUACUUCAAAGAUAUCAAAACGUUAAGAAAGAGUUAGAGAAUUAGCAAAAUUUAGAUAGAAUAAAGCUUGAGAAAUAAUACUCUGUCAGACCAUCAACAGCUAUGAACAGAAGUCAGAUGAAUGCUUCCAGAAUGAACCAAUCAAGGAUGGGAGGAAAAGCGAGCACUGGCAAAAACAUGCCAGCUUCAAAGCCCUCGUACUAGUGA